CACCCAAAUCAUUCAUAAAAUCCUUGGCCAAAUCCACCAAGCCGAUUAUGUCUCGCAAGAUCUGACUUUUGCUGGUUUACUUAUUUCUUACACGCCGCCGGUCGCCGGACUUACCCCUCUCCCAACUUCGCCGACUCAUCAGUUUGAGAUAGCUGCCCUCUCUGUAGCUAAAAAGAGAAGACACGAAAGGCUACCUGGGAUUUACUUUCCUAUCUGACGCUCGCCGGCCAUCGAGAGCUUUCCGAAAUGGAAGAGUUCAAGACAGCAAUCCUUCAGCCUGGGUCUCCUGAGAAUUUCGCUCUUCAAACUGUUCAAGAGUUUAUCAAACCUCAGAGGCAAACAAAAUUAGUGCAAGAUGAGAAUCAGUUGUUGGAAAACAUGCUCCGAACAUUACUUCAAGAGCUUGUGUCUUCAGCAGCACAGUCAGGGGAGCCAAUAAUGCAGUAUGGGCAAUCAAUUGAUAACGAAGAAAGUUCUCAGGGCCUAAUCCCUCAUCUCUUAGAUGUUGUGCUUUAUCUCUGUCAGAGAGAACAUAUUGAAGGUGGAAUGAUAUUUCAGCUGUUGGAAGACUUGACUGAAAUGUCCACCAUGAGGAAUUGCAAAGACGUAUUUGGCUACAUAGAGGGUAAACAGGACAUACUUGGGAAGCAAGAACUUUUUGCUCGUGGAAAACUUGUCAUGUUGAGGACUUGUAAUCAACUUCUUCGACGCCUCUCAAAGGCAAAUGAUGUUGUUUUCUGUGGACGAAUUCUCAUGUUUCUCGCACACUUUUUCCCAUUAUCAGAGCGUUCAGCGGUUAACAUUAAAGGAGUUUUCAACACAUCAAAUGAGACGAAGUAUGAAAAGGAUCCACCAGAAGGCAUUUCUAUUGACUUCAACUACUACAAAACAUUGUGGAGUUUACAGGAAUUCUUUUGCAACCCUGCCUCCUUAACUGUUUCGCCAGCCAAGUGGCAGAAAUAUACAUCUAGUCUAAAGGUUGUGUUGGAUACCUUUGAAGCACAACCGUUGAGUGAGGAAGAAGGAGAUGCAAAUAAUUUGGAGGAAGAGGCAGCAUCUUUCAACAUAAAGUAUCUUACUAGCAGUAACUUGAUGGGACUAGAGUUAAAAGAUCCGAGCUUCCGCCGCCAUGUUCUUGUACAGUGCCUUAUACUUUUUGAUUAUCUUAAGGCUCCUGGUAAAACUGACAAGGAUGUCACUUCUGAAACUAUGAAAGAAGAGAUAAAAUCCUGCGAGGAGCGUGUGAAGAAAUUACUGGAGAUGACUCCUCCUAAAGGAAAAGAUUUUCUUCGCAAGAUUGAGCAUAUAAUAGAACGUGAAAAAAACUGGGUCUGGUGGAAGCGUGACGGAUGCCCUCCAUUUGAAAAACAACCAGCAGAGAAGAAAUCAGUCCAGGAAGGAAAUAGGAAACGUAGACCGAGGUGGAGGUUGGGAAACAAAGAACUAUCUCAAUUGUGGAAAUGGGCAGACCAAAAUCCUAAUGCUUUGACUGACCCUCAGCGUGUUCGGACUCCUUCAAUCACGGAAUAUUGGAAACCCUUGGCUGAAGAUAUGGACCCGGCAGCUGGAAUUGAAGCAGAAUAUCACCACAAGAACAACAGGGUAUAUUGCUGGAAAGGUCUGCGGUUCUCAGCAAGGCAGGACCUCGAGGGUUUUUCAAAAUUCACUGACCUUGGUGUUGAAGGAGUAGUUCCUCUAGAAAUUCUGGCACCCGAUGUCCGAUCCAAGUACCAGGCUAAACCGAGUGACAGAUCUAAGCGUGCCAAGAAGGAAGAAGCCAAGGGUGGGCCACAACCACCAGAAGAAGCUCAGGCUGCAAGUGAGAACGAUGGUGAAGGUGCUAGGCCAGUUGAUGUUGAAGCCUCGGCAGCGCCAAUGGAGACAGAUGCAGCAACUGUAAACACUUCCCAAGAUGGUGGUAGUCCUCCAACACCGGAGGAGGAACAUAAGCAGAACUCCGAUACUGAUGUGGGUCAAGAAGCAGGGCAACUCGAAACCGAUGGACCACUUGAACAGGAUGGCGAAGCAGUAGAAACAGGGACGGGUGACGGGGAGACCGACGCUGAGGCAGAUAUAGAAGCUGUGAGCUGAAUUAUCUCUCUAUUGUGGUGAUACCAGAAGCGUAAGAGCUCGGACAUGAAUGUGUCGGCAAAAACAGUGACGAUGGCACUUGAUUCUCUUCCAACCAUGACCCAAACAGUAAUGACAUAAUAAUGACAGCAAAUAUUCUGUAAUGUCAUUUUAUGUUAGCACCUUAUAUGUUAUAACAUAACCAGAAAUCUUUACCGUUCCAUUAUGCAGAUUGGAAUCGACGGGUUGUAGUAAGAAAAAAAAUGUACUUUGUGGGUAAUAUUAUGAAAUACGUGUAAUGUUUAGAAUACAAUUUUUCAAACCAUGAUAUAUUUGAAUUAUAACAUUUCAAACAUGAUUAA